GCUCCGCCCCUGCGUCGCGCGGUCGGCCCCAGCUUUGGGCGCCGCACCGUGGGUCGGCGGGGCGGGCUUUGCGGCCCAGGCCCAGAACCCGCCCUGGCCUCGUGCACUAUGUAAGGCUGCCGGCGGGGCCGGGCCCGCGGCGGACCUGUGGAAGCUCGCGAGGCUCCCGGAGCGGACAGCGGUCUGCAGGUGCGGUCCCGGCCGGGUUCGCGCGCAAGUCCCACGGAGGGCAGUAUGCGGGACUACGAGGAGGUGACCGCCUUCCUGGGCGAGUGGGGACCCUUCCAGCGCCUCAUCUUCUUCCUGCUCAGUGCCAGCAUCAUCCCCAACGGCUUCAACGGAAUCUCGUUCGUGUUCCUGGCGGGGAUCCCGGAGCACCACUGCCGGAUCCCGGGCGCCGCGAACCUGAGCAGCGCCUGGCGCAACCACAGCAUCCCGCUGCUGCAGCGCGACGGCCGCGAGGUGCCCGACAGCUGCCACCGCUACCGGCUCGCGGCCGUCGCCAACUUCUCCGCGCUCGGACUGGAGCCAGGGCGCGACGUGGACCUGGGGCAGCUGGAGCAGGAGAGCUGUCUGGACGGCUGGGAGUUCAGCCAGGACGUCUUCUUGUCCACCAUCGUGACUGAGUGGAACCUGGUGUGUAAGGACGACUGGAAGACCCCGCUAAGCAUGUCCCUGUUUUUUGUGGGUGUGCUGGUGGGCUCCUUCGUUUCGGGGCAGCUCUCAGACAGGUUUGGUCGGAAGAAUGUGCUGUUUGUGACCAUGGCGAUGCAGACGGGUUUCAGUUUACUGCAGGUCUUCUCCAAAAACUUUGAAAUGUUCACGGUACUCUUUGUCCUGGUUGGCAUGGGCCAGAUCUCCAACUACGUGGCAGCAUUUGUCCUGGGAACAGAAAUCCUCGGCAAGUCAGUUCGUAUUAUAUUCGCCACGCUAGGAGUAUGCAUAUUUUUUGCAUUUGGCUUCAUGCUGCUGCCCCUCUUGGCUUACUUCAUCAGAGACUGGCGGAUGCUGCUGCUGGCACUGACCUUGCCUGGGGUGUUGUGCGCGGCGCUCUGGUGGUUCAUCCCCGAGUCCCCCCGCUGGCUCAUCUCUCAGGGACGAUUUGAAGAGGCAGAAGUAAUCAUCCGCAAGGCUGCCAAAAUGAAUGGGAUCGUGGCGCCCUCCACCAUCUUUGACCCAAGUGAAUUUCAAGACCUGAGUUCCAAGAAGCAGCAGUCUCACCACAUUCUGGAUCUGCUCCGAACCCGGAAUAUCCGAAUAGUUACUAUCAUGUGCAUAAUUCUGUGGAUGACCAUAUCAGUGGGCUACUUUGGACUGUCCCUUGACACUCCUAACCUCUACGGAGACAUCUAUGUGAACGGCUUUCUUUCUGCGGUGGUCGAAGUCCCAGCAUACAUCUUGGCAUGGCUGCUGCUGCAGUACGUGCCCCGGCGCUAUUCCUUGGCCACUGCUCUCUUCCUGGGCGGCAGCGUCCUUCUCUUCGUGCAGCUGGUGCCCCCAGACCUGAAUUACCUGGCUACAGUCCUGGUUAUGGUGGGAAAAUUUGGCAUCACUGCUGCCUUCUCCAUGGUCUACGUGUACACAGCUGAGUUGUACCCCACGGUGGUCAGAAACAUGGGCGUGGGGGUCAGCUCCACAGCAUCCCGCCUUGGCAGCAUCCUGUCUCCUUACUUCGUGUACCUCGGUGCCUAUGAUCGCUUCCUCCCUUACAUCCUCAUGGGAAGUCUGACCAUCCUGACAGCCAUCCUCACCCUGUUCUUGCCAGAGAGCUUUGGCACCCCUCUCCCAGACACCAUCGACCAGAUGCUGAGGGUCAAAGGACUAAAACAUAGGCAAACCCCAAGCCUCACAAGGAUGUUAAAAGAUGGUGAAGAAAGCCCCACAAUCCUUAAAGCCACAGCCUUUUAACACAACUCCAGUACCGAGUUGGAAAUGCAAAUGGAAGAAAUGGAAGCGGAAAGCCUGCAUCUCGUCAGAAACAUCUUGUGCAGACUCCGGUCCUUCGGUGACAAAGGGCUUUGACUUCUGCCUGACCUGCUCACGGAAGGGAACCCAUCCUCAGAGAGUGCUUGCGGUUCUGGUGCUCUUCCUUCCUCCAGGGACACUGUGGCUACCUACAGACAACUCAGACGUGUCCCAGCGUGCCAGCUGUUAGCUGAGGGCCUGGCACCCCUAGAGGAGUUAUGGACUCCCCAGAACAGAGGGAUUUGGCAGGAUGUGCACCACAUCUACUAGAUACACUUUCUAAUCUCAGACUACCUGGACAGGCCUCCAGUGAAACUGGAGGUCUUCAGUUUUCUCUUUUCUUUUCCUAAGUGGUAAAGUUUAAAGGAAAAGAAAUAAUUCCACAGAGUUUGAUUUCUCACCUUUUCUCAGUUACCAAGGAUGUUAACUGGGAUGAUCGAGUACCCACUGGAGAAGGGCACAGGACCAGAGACCUAAGGCUGACCAAGGAGGAGAGGACUGAGCCACUCAGAGCGGUGAUCUGUGACCGCUCCGUGUGCUGCCAGGUGGACUCGUUCACGUCCGAUCAGAGGCCUGGGCCUGUCCAGCCCGUGAGAAAUGCACAGGUCCGUCUGCCCUUCUUGUUUUCAAUACUGUGUAAAUCAGAUCUCCUCCACAUAGGCUUCUGGCCUGUGGUUCAGUGAGAAAUCUGCUUUCCUCAGAACUGCAGAGGAUUUUGUUUUGUUGUUUUGUUUAUUGUUGUCUGUACCUUAAGUUAUUUGCCCUCCCGCAGAGGCUUGAGAAAGGCUGUUCCCCAGUUUGUUUCUCAUUUUCUUCUCAGCCCAGGCUCGCUCUGGCAAUGUGUGAUUGCUGCUGCACGGGGCCUUCCCAGCCUCAGCCACUAGCACUUCUCUGAGUGCCAAAAAGUCUCACUGUGUGCGUUCCUCUUGGGAGACCUAAUCAUGAGGAAAAUUGUGAAAAGAAACAAAAAUCAUGUCUCAGUCUUUGAGAGUUGCCCACUUCCGUCAUAUCAGAUCAUCAGGAGAUACUCGUGUUCAGUAUAAUUGUCUUCCUUCUGGUUAUGUUGCCAUGGUACUCCUAAAGCACAUGCUUUAUUUAGUUUUUUAAAAAAAUGUAUUUUUGUGAAAGCUACUGAAGUGCCUUGAAAAGUGAGAGAGUUCUAAUAAACGAAAUGAUUUUUUAAAUAACA